ACAAGAAGUAAACCAACCAUUUGAACAGGCUGAGGAUAAUUGUCUCUUAGGUAGGUGGUUGCGUUGUUGGAAAGUCACAAAACCCAAACCUCUUCAAUCUUAUUCUUCCCCCCCUUCUAAAAACUCUAAAAUCAAACAACAUAAACUAAUAAUUAUUAUUGACUAAAUCCAUUAUUGAAAUUCAUACCUGAAACCUGAAAUACAAUAUUGUCAAGGCAAGUCUACUAAAACUCCAAAAUUCUUGGGUAACCCUUCUCUUAUCUUACCUCCAAAUAUUUGAACAAGUAAAGAAAAGAAUUCUCCCUCCUCACCCCACCCAACUCCCACGUUUUUAUUAUAUAUACUCCACCUCUCUUAACUUCUCUCUUCCCUUUCUUCCUUCCUCCCCACCCUCUCUAAUCUUCUUUUUCUUUAUACAACUAUUAGUUGUUAUUACAAUGAAGUUUUAUGGUUCUACAAUAAGUACCCUAUGUCUUUUACUCCUCCUUUCCAUCUCCAUUUCAGGUUUUGUGGAAUCAUUGGGAAUAAAUUACGGGCAGGUUGGCAAUAACUUACCGCCACCUGAGACAGUAUUAACCCUGAUAAAAUCAUCAAGACUAACAAAGGCAAGAAUCUACGACACCAACCCUGAAAUCUUGACCGCCUUCGCCCAUUCUGGUGUGGAACUCAUUGUCACCGUCGAAAACAACAUGUUAUCAACCCUUAUGAACCCUCAACAAGCUCUUCAAUGGGUUAAUUCCCACAUUAAGCCCUACUAUCCGGCGACGAAUAUCACCGGAAUCUCUGUAGGCAAUGAGGUUUUUACAGAUGAGGAUACUUCGUUAACAUCUUAUGUUGUCCCUGCAAUGGUUAGUGUUCAUGGUGCGUUGAGUCAACUCGGUCUUAACUCGUACAUACAAGUAUUUUCUCCUACCUCUGCAGGAGUCUUACAAGAAUCAUACCCGCCAUCUGCUGGAUCAUUCAAGCCCGAAUUAGCUAACGUGAUCACCCAGUUUUGCCGGUUCUUGCAUAGUACUAAUGCACCCUUUUGGGUUAAUGCAUACCCAUAUUUCGCUUACAAGGAUGAUCCGACCCGAAUUCAACUCGACUAUGUUUUAUUUAACCCGAAUGCAGGGAUGGUUGAUCCUUACACUAAUCUCCAUUAUGACAACAUGUUGUAUGCUCAAGUAGAUGCUGUAAUAUUCGCGAUUUGGAGGUUGGGUUAUGGUGGUUUGGAUGUGAGGGUGUCUGAAACUGGGUGGCCAUCAAAGGGUGAUCAGAAUGAGAUUGGAGCUACAGUUGAGAAUGCUGCAACUUAUAAUAAGAAUUUGUUAAGGAGGCAAAUGGCUAACCAAGGGACGCCCUUACGGCCGAGUGUAAGGCUUGAAGUUUAUGUGUUUGCUUUAUUUAAUGAAGAUAUGAAACCUGGCCCCACUUCUGAAAGAAAUUAUGGUUUGUUUCAACCUGAUGGUACAAUGGCUUAUAAUGUGGGUCUCUCUUCUUUGGCUCAUUCUUCUACAUCUUCCACUUCCAUCUCAUUGACAUCUUCGGCCUCUAAGGAAACACACAAAGGAUAUCAAAGCUUGGUCUACUGGAUGUUUAUAUAUUUGCUGGCUUUCCAAGGUUUUAUGAGAAGACCAACUUAACAACAUUUUUUUGGCUAAUUUAUCGCAAGAUUAAUUAAUCAUGUACAUACCAAAGAAUUUCAUUUUGUAUUAUAUUCAUCAUAUAGGUUGUGUACCAUCAUUUACAAACUUUAGGUCUAGAGAUCAGGAAAUUAUUCUUGUUACACUUAAUUAAUUCAAAAGGUGGUACACAAAAUAUGUGAUGAAAAGAUUACAAGAUUAAAUUUCCAGAAAUUUGGCCAAUUGGUUUGAAAAAGUUGGGCUCUUUUUCACCUAACUUUUUAUGAGGGACAACACAGAAAAGAACAGCUUCAAGAUACAACAAAAAAUUGGAAGAAUACACCCCAUACAUGCUCUUUAAAUUCAGAACUACACCCGCAAUGCUGAAUGCUGAAUGCUGAUUAUGAUGGGUAUCUUGGUUGGAUAUGAAUGAGUCUUUCACCUUCAAAAAAAGUCAAGCACCUAAACUUUUAUGGGGUCCAAAUAUAUUUCCUUAUCCAAAUUUCUUUCUCCUGUAUUAUCUUAUGUAUCAUGUAUGAUUUAACUUUUACCCUACAUUGAGUCACCAGUCAAACAAACAUUGUACAUUUAUUGACUAUGGGAUUACAAAAUAUAUAUACAAUCAUAUAUUUAAUUUA